GCGAUUCGUUCCACCUUCCACACACUCAAGAUCUGGCAAGUGCUCGACCAUCGCUGCGGCGUUAAUGAAAGCAGUUGGUCAAACAACGGCGUUUACACUGGAGCGCUGAAAAACGACAAGGGGUGCUCCGGUUAAGCGCGGCAUCAUCUUGACCAGACAGCGCAGGGAUCAUUUGCUUCAGUCUCUAAAGAAACAUUUUGUUUCGAGAGAGGGUGCAAUUUGACACUACUUACACGCUGCAGCCGCCAUCAGUCCCUCCUAAUCAUCUUUAAUCGAAGCAAAAUGGUGCAAAAGAAGAUCACCGAAGUCACUGGAUUCCAUCGUUCUUUCAAGGGCCAAAAUCCAUUUGAGGGUGAUGAAUUCACAAAAAAUGGUUCCCUCCUUAAUUCAGACUUCAAUUUUGAUUCAUCGAAUAGACAUGAUAUUCCCUCCAGCCAGCCUAUUGACAUCCCCGAUGCCAAGAAGAGAAAUAAGAAAAAAAAGCGUUGCAGGGCAACUGACAGCUUCUCUGGCCGAUUUGAGGAUGUCUACAGACUGCAGGCAGAGGUUCUUGGAGAGGGGGCUUAUGCAAGAGUACAGACAUGCAUCAACCUCAUCACCAAUAAAGAAUAUGCUGUGAAGAUCAUUGAGAAGAGACCCGGUCACAGCCGCAGUCGCGUCUUCAGGGAGGUGGAGAUGCUGUACCAGUGCCAGGGUCACAGAAACAUCCUGGAGCUGGUGGAGUUCUUUGAGGAGGAAGACAAGUUUUACUUGGUGUUUGAAAUGCUCAGAGGAGGUUCAGUCCUGGCUCACAUCCACAGGAGACUAUACUUCAGCGAGCAGGAGGCCUGUGUUGUGGUGCAGGACAUCGCCAGUGCUCUGGAUUUCCUGCAUAACAAAGGAAUGGCACAUAGAGAUCUGAAGCCGGAGAACAUCUUAUGUGAGCAUGCGGACAAAAUCUCGCCUGUGAAGAUCUGUGACUUUGACCUGGGUAGUGGGAUCAAGCUGAACAGCGACAGCUCUCCCAUUUCCACCCCCGAGCUCCUCACUCCAUGUGGCUCGGCAGAGUACAUGGCCCCUGAGGUGGUGGAGGCCUUCAGCGAGGAGGCCACCAACUAUGACAAGCGCUGUGACCUGUGGAGCCUGGGGGUCAUCCUCUACAUCCUGCUGAGCGGCUACCCGCCCUUCGUGGGCCGCUGCGGCAGCGACUGUGGCUGGGAUAUGGGAGAACCCUGCCACACAUGCCAGAACACGUUGUUUGAGAGUAUCCAGGAAGGGAAGUAUGAGUUUCCAGAAAAAGACUGGGCUCACAUCUCCUCAAGUGCCAAAGACCUGAUCUCCAAACUUCUUGUUCGAGAUGCCAAGAACCGCCUGAGUGCCGGCCAGGUUCUGCAGCACCCCUGGGUGCAGGGGGGAUUCUCUGACACACUGCCAACAUCCAUCCUACCUCAAAGGAACAGUGCCAAGGACCUGACGUUCUUUGCUGGCAAGGCGGUGGCCAUGAACCGACAGCUGGCUGAGCAGGCUGUGAUGGAGGAGCAGCAGCAGCUUGACGAGGCUCCCAUGGUCAUCACAGCCAGUUCUACUUCCAUACGCCUCUCCCCUCCAUCCAACUCCAAGCUGGCCAAGCGCAGGCAGAGCCUGCUGAAGACGGGGCCCGUCUCUGCCUCCGAGCUCUGCCAGCUCCUCGCCCCCCUCGUCAUCACGUCAUCUGCCUGAACCACCGCCUUUGACCAUCCCUACACCGAUUCAGAUCUCCAGGAGACCGCUCAGCCUGGCCUCUCUGCCUCUACUUGACCCCAACUCCUCAGCCACACUCACUGACUGCAGGCAUGCCCACCUCUUUAACAGGAGAGACUGCUGCCAUGCCUGUCUCUCAAAUUGUAUUUCGGAGUGCAGAGCCCGCAGACCGAACGCACACAUCCCCAAAAUUCCUGACCAACGCCGCGUACGCAUCCUCUAUUAAUUGAAAUGUGUUGACAGUUGGAGAAAUGGCUUGAGCCGUGCUGAGAAUUAGAAAAGUAGAACACUGCUGUGCGUAUACAUUUUGGACUCUGAAAAAUGCUUAACUGCCUUCUGCCCCACAGCAGCACUUGUAAAGCACAUUAGCCAGGGCCUGCAUACACGACACGUCCAGGCUGAGGGGCUACUGGGUCUUCUAGGGAUUUGGGGGGAGGGGUGGGGGCGGCGGUGGGCUCUUCAAACUGUUUUUAUUUAGUUGAGUCUGUGGCAGAACGUAUGAACCAAGCUCCAACGCCAAAGGACUACCUGUUGUGCUGCUUCCACAUGUUACAACUGGAUCCACUGUGAAUUAAGUUUCUGGUUUAUGUUCUCCAUGUCUGUGAAUGCCCCAUUAGCAGAUGCAUACACGCUUAUGCAAUAGCCAACAUGAAGGGUUUUACAUGUGGAGGGAUUCAGUGGAAAGAGUUCAGAAGGGUGGAAGCCAAUGCUGUCAGUGUCUGGUGCAGUCCGUUGUUUGGAUAAAUUCCUCUUCAUCUGAGCCUCCUCUGUAGAAGGUCUAAGCCCACAGUACAAAAGCUUGUGGCUGUGCCCAUGAGCCUCUAGUACCAGAGAAUGUAUCUAUAACCAGCCCUUAUUACGCUACAAUGCCUACCAAUGCAGUUUCAUAGAUGAAAUGAAUUAUGCCAAACUACCAAUCGCCAUGCAUCAUUCAAUAUUCAUCUACAUUUUCUGUUUUCAGGGAAUUCCUCCAGAAUAUCUACAAUGCAAUAGGGGUUGAGUUAAAUGUGUUUUGCCUGCCUCCGCAACAGUUGCUUUAUGCACCAACCUAAAGUUCUUGGCACAUGCAACUCAUUUGAUACCAGAUAAUGUGAACUUGAUUGGCCUGAUGCUACACUCAAUAAACAUGGAGCAAAAAAAUUGCAAAUUUGGUUACCCAUACCAAAGCCUCCCAUGCCAAAUGGUGUACUAAGUUAGUGUUGUCAUCAAACCAUAAGAUGUAUUAAUGUAAACAUAUUUUAGUUAUUUGACUGCUGUGUAGUGUAAAGUAAUUUUAUGCCAUGGCUGGCAUAAUAAUCUGUCAAGUUUAGAGGGGUUAGAAAUUUUUAAUGUUUUAGUCAUUUAGAAAUGCAAAUUUUAGCCGACGUGACUUAGCUAAUGAAUUGGGAUUUGUUCAGGGUUUAAUCAGGCUUUUCCGUUAAGAGGUUAACCUGCUAUUGACCUCUGACCUCUGUGACACCCUCAGGAGACAAUGGAAAAGGCUAUUAAAAAUGGAAAAGCAUUCCAGAAAAAAAGUAUUCAGAGGACAUGUAGCUGUAUUAAUUUGUUAUAAAAAGUUAACUAUUUUAUGUUUAACUCCAUGUUAAUGUUUAACUGUCAUGGAUGAUUUAAUUUUUUAUGUCAACCUCAUGCAGGUGCUGUUCAGGUGGAACACCAGAUGUUGUGUUCCAUUUUUUUAAGAUUCCUUUUUUAAAGUUUUUUUUUUAGUGUGAGAUUGGGAAAGUUAGUUUUUUUUUGUAUCUGUAGCUAAAUGAAUGCCCAGUGAAGGUUUUUUUCUUUUUAUGUUAUUUUGUAUGUGAAAAUGUUGGCAACAAUCUGUUUUGAAACAAGUUUGGCUCUUUUAUGAAAUUGACAAAUUAUAUUACAGUGAUGGGUUCUCAAGACACUGUAGCCAAUGCCAAAGAGGGUAAAAGUCAUAAACAAGUGACAAUGCGCGUUCUCAUCACCAAGGCGUAAAAUGACAACUCAUGAAUGUCCAUGUAGUGUUACCAGCACUGCAGUUUGGUACUCUUGGAAUAUAUGGCUCCCUUGGUGUCAAAAGGCCCAUUAUGCCGAUAAUGGGACACUGAUUGUAAUCUUUUUAAGAAUCCUUUCUACCUAUGUAUGUUUCUGGGUUUUUAUGUCUUAUAGUAAGACUUACUUGAAUUUGUAUGCAGCUGUUUUCUUCUUUGUUUGGGAAACGACCUUGCUAUCAAGAAUCUGAACAAAAGCAUUAAGCUGAGUAAGGCAACAUUUUGGGUUGUGAAAAUGCCUUUCUCUUAAGUAUCAGAAGUUUCUCCCUAUGUUUUGUUAGGGUUGGGAUUCUCAGAUUUGCACAAAAAUGUAGUACUCUUAUAUCUACGGUGUGUUUCCUUGGUCAUAACCAUUUCUACUUAUGCAGUAGUUUUGGACUGCUUUUUAUUUGGAGAGAAUUGCUAGAAAUCCCUAGCCUCUUAUUUUUUACGUUGCAAGAUCUUUUUGAAACGACGUGUAAAAUGAGAAACAUUCAACUGGACAGUCAUAAUCCACUUCCCCACUAUUUGAAUGGAGCCCACAGGCAAUUCAUUUAAGAGUUAACAAUAACGUUGAAACAUUUUGUAUAAAUAUUUCUGUUUGAGUGAGGUAAUGUAAUAGCUUUUCUACUUGGUUCUCUACUCAAGCCUUGAGCCUGCUCUUCUCUUCGGAGUUGUUGCCACUUGUUUUUAACACUGUAUUUUCUCUCAGCCCAAAAUAUUAAGUUUUAUUUUUAUCAUACUUCUGAGACAAACAUUGAAUUUAAAUAAGCACUUUACUGUAAUGUGACUGAUUGCAGUUCACGCAAAGAAACAUGACUUGCAGAAUUUUGUAUUGUUUUUUUCUAAAUACAAUAAAAAUGCUUUGAACAUAA